GACGCCUUGAGCCUGAGUUUCUUGAGUUUACAUUCACGUUUUUCCAGACCCUGCGAGGAAGAAAUGCACUGCUGAUGGACGCGGUCAAGUCGAGGAUCAGCGCCCCUUGCCCCAUCAAGCAACGGAAGUAUUUUCGUGUCUUGAUUUUGCACUCCCAUCUGACUGUCGUUGAAACAUGCCAAUUACUGAUCCUGCUUCCUGUGCGGCCUUACGCUGUCGUGCACAGCUACUAUCAGGAACCGCCACGCCCCCCAUAUAAAUACUGUGAAUUCACAGACUAGUGACUCACAAUCAUUCUCUUGCUUUAGACUGGCUGCGUUGCAAACUUCAACUCAAUCUACGCCUGCGUAUAAUACAACUCUAAUCAUGUCGGAAAUUCGCACUCGCACUCGUCGCCGGUCCUCCACUGGUAUCGUCCACGUCCUCGCUUCCCCCCUCGCGUCGCACAUGCCCUCGUUCCCCGACGCGCCGAUCCCCCGCACACUGCUCGCCGAUUUCGUAGCCUCCUUCAACGAGCUCCAGUCCUAUCGCAGUGGCAGACCAGUCGUCCUAGACGGACAAAACCUCUCCAUUGCUGCGGUCACCGCCGUAUCGCGAUACAGCGCCGGUGUCGAGCUCGAUAGCUCGCCGCAGAUCAAAGACCGUGUGCAGCGCAGUCGUGACGUGAUAGUCAAGAAGGUGGACGGGAAGUCGAGCAUAUACGGCGUGACGACGGGUUUUGGGGGCAGCGCUGACACUCGGACGGACCAGCCGCUUGUAUUGGGCCAUGCCUUGCUGCAGCUUCUCCAAGCUGGCGUCCUUCCCUCGUCCAGUGCCAUGAGUGCCAUGCCUUCUGCUCUGCCUCUUCUUGACCCCUCGAGCUCAAUCAUGCCGGAGUCCUGGGUCCGUGGGGCCAUUCUCGUUCGCAUGAACUCGCUCGUCCGCGGCCAUUCUGGCGUGCGGUGGGAGCUGGUGGAGAAGAUGAACGAGCUUCUCGCAGCGAACAUCACGCCUCUGGUUCCUCUCCGCGGCAGCAUCUCCGCUUCAGGGGACUUGGCUCCGCUGUCUUACGUCGCUGGCUGUCUGAGCGGCAAUCCCGCCAUUCGAGUUUUUGACGGGCCGGCGACUAGCUUUGGUGUACGCAACAUCUUGCCUUCCCCAGUGGCCUUGAAGGCUCGUGGCAUCGAGCCUAUAUCCCUAGCAUCGAAAGAGCACCUGGGACUCUUGAAUGGGACCGCGUUCAGCGCGUCUGUGGCAUGUUUGGUUUUGAAUGACGCGGUUCACCUAGCUUUGUUGUCUCAGAUCUGCACAGCCAUGGGUGUGGAGGCGCUUGCCGGUAGCCGGGGCUCGUUCGAUCCUUUCAUUCACGACGUUGCGCGUCCACAUCCUGGACAGAUCGAGUCGGCCAAGAUGGUAUGGGACUUGUUGGAAGGUAGCAAAUUCGCAAUCACAUCUGAGGAAGAAGUCACGAUAGAAGAAGACUCGGGUGUUCUGAGACAGGACCGUUAUCCCUUGCGCACGGCGCCUCAGUUUAUCGGACCUCAGCUCGAGGAUCUUUUGACUUCGCUCGACACUAUCACUCGGGAGUGCAAUUCCACGACAGACAACCCGUUGGUCGACGGCACUACGGGCAAAAUCCAUAACGGCGGCAACUUCCAGGCCAUGGCUGUGACAAACGCAAUGGAAAAGACACGUUUGGGACUACAUCACAUCGGGAAACUGCUCUUCUCGCAAUGCACCGAACUUCUGAACUCGGACAUGAAUCGGGGUCUGCCGCCGUCACUGGCAGCUACGGAUCCAUCGCUGAACUAUCACGCGAAGGGAAUCGAUAUCGCGAUUGCGGCCUAUGUUUCGGAGCUGGGACAUCGGGCAGCUCCGGUUUCAACGCACAUACAGUCCGCCGAGAUGCAUAAUCAGGCAGUCAAUUCCUUGGCUCUAAUCGCCGGACGGGCAACUAUCGACUGCAUCGAUGUUCUGACUCAGCUGAUUGCAUCAUAUCUCUACGUCCUCUGCCAGGCUCUGGACCUGAGGGCGAUGCACACCGAACUGGUGGCUGGACUGGACGCCAUUGCUGCUGAAGAGUUUUCCGCCGUCUUCGGAUCGUCCUUAAACGAUGAGACCGCGAAGGACAGCGUUUGCCGUACUCUUCAGGCCGCUUUGGUGGAAACGAGCAACAUGGAUGCGGGUCAACGCGUUGUCAAGAUCGCAGCAGCAAGCUCUGCUGUGCUGGUCGAUGUCUGCUCGGCAUCGCCCAACCCGGCUCGCUCGAUGCCUCUCAUCGCUCCUUUCCGCAGGAAUGUCGCCAACCGCCUUGAGACGCUUCUGAAUGAACUCAGACGUACAUAUCUCUUUGGUGACAAGGGCGCGAGUCCAGCCAGUGGCUUCCUAGACAAGACACGGCCUAUCUACGAGUUUGUGCGGAUCACGCUGGGGAUCAAGAUGCACGGCGCUGAAAACUUGGACUCGUUUGCUCAUGGCCUGGGGGAUACCGUUGGCCAGGGCGUCUCGCUUAUAUACGAAGCGAUCCGAGAUGGCCAAAUGCAGCCAGUCGUCGUCGGGCUGUUUGCAUAAAAAGCAGGGUAAUUGCUCAUUAUAAUCUGCACAUCAAUGUAAUCUAUUAUCAUCCACGCUCGAGAACAUUCCAGAUCCAGAACACCUGGGAGUGAGCUAUAAAAU